CGGAGGUCUGUGAGGCUGGUGAUAGCCACCCGGAGGAGGAAAGGCAAUGUCAUCUUACUUGUAGAAACGUCAUGACACACAGCAGCAUCAUGGUGGAUGUAGGCAAGUGGCCAAUAUUUACCUUACUGUCACCUCAAGAAAUAGCAUCUAUUCGGAAAGCAUGUGUGUUUGGUACAUCAGCCAAUGAAGCUAUAUACAUAACGCACAAUGAUGAGGUAUUUGUUUUCGGACUGAAUUGCAGUAAUUGUUUGGGAACUGGAGAUAAUCAGAGCACAAUAGUACCAAAGAAAUUAGAAGCCUUAUGCGGAAAGAAGGUUUCCAGUCUCAGUUAUGGAAGUGGACCCCAUGUUGUACUUUGCACUGAAGAUGGUGAAGUGUAUGCUUGGGGACAUAAUGGUUACAGCCAGCUUGGGAAUGGCACAACCAAUCAGGGCAUUACUCCUGUUCAAGUUUGCACAAAUCUGUUAAUAAAGAAAGUGGUGGAAGUAGCCUGUGGCUCUCAUCAUUCCAUGGCGCUGUCGUUUGAUGGGGAUCUGUACGCUUGGGGCUAUAAUAACUGUGGUCAAGUUGGAUCUGGAUCUACAGCAAACCAGCCAACUCCUCGCAGAGUUUCAAACUGUUUACAGGGUAAAAUGGUCGUUGGCAUUGCUUGUGGUCAGACCUCCUCCAUGGCUGUAGUAAACAACGGUGAGGUUUAUGGCUGGGGUUACAAUGGUAACGGUCAGCUAGGUCUUGGAAACAACGGCAAUCAACUAACGCCAUGCAGAGUGGCAGCAUUACAUGGUGUGUGUAUACUCCAGAUUGCCUGUGGCUAUGCGCACACACUAGCACUAACAGAUGAGGGUUUGCUCUAUGCCUGGGGAGCUAACACUUAUGGGCAGCUGGGAACUGGCAAUAAAAGUAACCAGCUAAGCCCGGUGCAGAUCAUGAUGGAAAAAGAAAGGGUUGUGGAGAUUGCAGCCUGCCACUCUGCUCACACGUCGGCUGCCAAGACCCAGAGCGGCCAGGUGUACAUGUGGGGCCAGUGCCGUGGGCAGUCAGUGAUCCUUCCCCACCUCACUCACUUUGCCUGCACUGACGAUGUGUUUGCUUGCUUUGCUACCCCUGCCGUUAUGUGGCGCCUUCUAUCAGUAGAGCAUGAAGACUUUUUAACAGUAGCAGAGUCUCUGAAGAAAGAGUUUGACAGCCCAGAAACCUCAGACCUGAAGUUCCGUGUGGAUGGAAAGUACAUCCAUGUACACAAAGCUGUUCUGAAAAUCAGGUGUGAACACUUCAGAACCAUGUUCCAGUCAUACUGGAAUGAGGAUAUGAAGGAAGUGAUAGAAAUAGACCAGUUUUCUUAUCCUGUGUAUCGUGCCUUUCUUGAGUACUUGUAUACAGACAGUGUUGACCUUCCGCCUGAAGAUGCCAUAGGGCUCUUGGAUUUGGCUACUUCAUACUGUGAAAAUAGAUUGAAAAAACUGUGUCAACACAUUAUCAAGAGAGGAAUAACUGUGGAAAAUGCAUUUUCAUUGCUCUCUGCUGCUGUCAGAUAUGAUGCAGAGGACUUAGAGGAAUUCUGCUUUAAGUUUUGUGUCAAUCAUUUGACGGAAGUGACACAAACUACAGCGUUUUGGCAAAUGGAUGGUCCCCUGCUAAAGGAAUUCAUUGCUAAAGCCAGUAAAUGUGGAGCCUUUAAGAACUGAAAGGAGGCUAGCCUGAACCCUCCUUAACUGUCAUUUUUAAAGAAAAAAAGGGGGGAAAAAAAAGUGCCUUUGGGCUUCUGCCUUCCCCUUGCUUCUUCCUCUUUGUUCGGAAAGCCCAUCAACUGCUGCUGUUUGUGCGUGCGCACAGGACGUUACGUAUGUACGUACACUUCUAUAAUGCAUUUUUAAAUACAUUAGCCAGUGAGGUUGAGUGUGGAUGUUGGAAAGGGGCAGCCAGAAGGACGGUGGUGUCCACUGCCUCCUCAAAACUCUGGGCAGCGGCUCACCCAGGGGGGACUUGGCGCCUGGCCCUAGCAGCCAGAAAAAGCAGGUGACCCCUCUUCUCCCUGCCUUCCUCUGCCCCAGCAGCAUCCCACCACGGCCUGCACCCGCCCUUUCGCUGCACCAGCUCCGCAGCUGAGCCGACCGGAUUGGAAAUCGCCGUCUCCGUUGCUCGCCCCGGGCGGCCUUUGCGGCCUUUCUGGUUGGUACCAAGUCUAUGUGGUUAAAAGAACCAGCAGGCACGCAUCUGAGGAAAAAGCUGGAUGCGUACAAGUGGGAGCUGGAGGAAAAAAAAACUCUUAGAGAGUAUUUGGAUACAAAUUAAUAAAUUAUCAGAAAUAAUCAAAAGGGAGAGCAAACGUGAGGCUUGCAUCACUGCAUUCAGAACGUGUGCGACCUACAGAAGGGAGACAUACGGCUCCAUCUCUCUCCUUCCAACAGGACGCGGCAGAAAUAGAAACAGCCUGGAGAAAGCUGUCAGGGAGGGGAACGACUGGCCUAUGCGAAAGCGGGUAACAGACUGGGAACCUU